CGCUCCGGGUGGAAAGAUUCGAUCAUCCCACAAAUGAAAUGGUGUUCCAAGUUUCACCUGUGAAACAUCAAGGAUCCUAUUGCAUGAAGAAAACAUGAAAAUAUAUAAAAAAGCGCCAUCAAUUUAUACCUGGUUUUUUUCAUUACCAAAUUCUUUCCAAUUCUCCCUUUAUAAAUUACCCUUGACCAUGUCUGUGUCCAUUACUGAGAAGCGUCGUAUUGCUCUUGCAUACGAUGGCGGUGAAGAUGCUCGUAAACUGUUUGAAUGGUCUAUCAAGAAUAUCAUCAAUCCCGAAAGGGAUCAUCUUAUCCUCUUGUCUGCCGUUAGUCGAGAAGACCGCCACAGUUUAAAAAAGGAACAUUCCCACGACAGGAAAGACCUCCCUAUGUUGUCCACCACUCCCACUCACGUCGGUGAAGCUAUAGAAGAGAUCAGCGAUAACCAUCCCACGAGCAAGACAGCCCGCGAACGUUUGGAAGAGAUGUCGGCGCAUUUGCGAACAAUGCAUAUUUCCAGCGAAGAGCACAUCUUGUGGGGCGAUCCAAAGACCUUGAUUCCUCGCUAUACUCAGAACACAAAGGUUGAUUUAUUGAUUGUUGGCUCACGCGGUCUCGGUGCUGUCAAGAGUGUCUUUUUGGGUUCCGUGUCUGACCGAUGUAUCCAUGAAUGCCCAUGCCCCGUGCUCGUUGUGCGUAAUGCUACCAUUUAAUUUAAAAUAACUUGUGCAUAGAUCCAAAA